AUGCAAACUUUGGACUGUGUAAGCGAGGGAGAUUACUCGCUCGAAGGCGGCAACAUGAAGGCCGAUCCAAAGGAGCCCGUCAAUGUUGUUCCCAGCCCUGAAGCCGGCCGUUACGAGGUGAACACUGGCGACCGAGGAGGCGAUGUUAUCCGCAAGGAGACCCAGGCUCAUGUAAGUGUUCCUUCUCACACCAACAAGCCGCACAUGCAUGCUGGAGCCAAUGAGACCCACAAGAAGGUCCACUCUUCUCAGUCUGGUCCCGACAAGCCCGAUGUCUAA